AUGAAGUACUUCGUUUCUGCCGCUGCCCUCGCUGCCACUGUCGCUGCUGCCUCUUCUGCUGCUGCCUCUGCUCCAGCUGGCUCUGCCCCAGCUUCUGUUGAGGUUGAGACUGUCACCAACCAGCACACCACUGAGCUCACCAUUACUUCUUGUUCUGGUGUCAAGUCUUGUGAGACCACUGUCCACGCUGCUACCGAGACUGUUGUCACCAAGACUGUUGAGGGUGUCGAGACUGAGUACACCACCAUCUGCCCAGUUUCCGAGGAGGGCCCAGAGAAGACCCCAGCUCCAGCUCCAGCUCCAGAGGGCUCUGCUCCAGCCCCAGCUCCAGCUCCAGAGGGUUCCGCUCCACCAGCUCCUGCCCCUGAGGCUUCCGCCCCAGCUUCUGCUCCAGCUCCAGCUCCAGAGGGUUCUGCUCCAGCUCCAGCCCCAGCUCCAGAGGCUUCCGGCCCAGCUCCAGCUCCAGAAGGUUCUGCCCCAGCUCCAGCUCCAGGCCCAGAGGCCUCUGCUCCUCCAGCUGAGGGUACUACCCCAACCACUCUUGCUGGUGAGCCAACCACUGCUCCAGAGGGCUCUGCUCCUCCAGCUCCAGCUCCAGAGGGUUCUGCUCCUCCAGCUCCAGCCGCUGGCUCUGAGAGUGACGUGAUUGUCGAUGCUACCACCACCCCAACCUCUGUCGAGUCUACUGGUGUCGUUCACACUUCUUACGCCCAGCUGACCUUCACUUCUGUCCAGCAGUCGCAGUCUGCUCCUCCAGCUGAGGGCUCUGCUGGUGUUUCUACCUUCGAGGGUGGUGCCAACAAGCAGGCUUUCGCUGGUGCCGCUCUUAUCGGUGCUGCCGCUAUGUUGUUGUAA